AUGAUGCUGAGCCCGGACCAGGCGGAGGCGGACCUCUCCUGGACUCAGUCCGACCCGGAGUCCAUCCUCAACGGCCUCAAGUCGACCGGCUGCACCUCGGACGAGCCGGCGGAGGGAGAGGAGAGGGUCAAGUGUCGGUCCGACCAGCUGAGCCGGGAGGAGAAGCGGAGGAGGAGGAGGGCCACGGCCAAGUACCGCUCGGCCCACGCCACCCGGGAGCGCAUCCGAGUGGAGGCCUUCAACGUGGCCUUCGCAGAGCUGAGGAAGUUACUCCCCACCUUGCCUCCAGACAAGAAGCUCUCCAAGAUCGAGAUCCUCAGACUGGCGAUAUGCUACAUCUCCUAUCUCAACCACGUGUUGGAUGUGUGA